AUGCGCACAAUAAAUUUGCGGCGGCACAGUAAAACGAGCAGGUCGACACGGCGACACCGGCGACUUUGUAAAACGUCAGAGCGGACUGGGUCGCGAGCGUGCGUGGCGGCUGUCGCGCACGGUCGCCGGCCGCCGCCGCGCACCGUCCGCCCGCCGAAAGCCGAGACGCAGCGACGCCCAAACGUAGCAAAUACGACGGCCAGCGCCCACCGUUGC